AGUGCAUUUCCGUUUGUCGAAUGGAGGUUCAACUUCCGGUAACGAGACGAGAACAACAAGACAGACGUGAACAGCGGGUGCAAGACUGUCUCUGUUUCUAAUCUACAUUGCUUAUAAAAGUAUAGGUUAUUGAAAGCUAGAGAUACCAUCAGAAUACACAACGUGCAAAUCGCUGUGCAACUUGCUAGGAAAACAACUGAUUGCGUAGUAGUCAGCUAAGUGGUGGCUCCCGCGUGGGCCUACUCGCGGCUUUGCUCAUGUUAGCUGGCUAGCUGUAACCAAAACAAAAAAGAACGCAUUAUUUCGAAAGAAUCACCACAUUUUACAUGUUUUUUUGCUGCAUAUAUUUCCCUGUGUAAUCUUUUUAAAAUUAUUUUAUUUUUCUUUUGCACUUGUUUUGUGGUAGGUCGAUUUGUGUGGCGUUGUAAUUAGCUAACUGGCUAACGUAACGAAGCGUUGACAAAGUUAUCCCCGUGUUUCUAGCAUAGCUUAUUGGCUAACGUUAGCAGUUCGCCCGUCCAUUCAACCACAAAACUUAAAAUGUCGGAUUUUGACGAAUUUGAGAAACAGUUGAACGAAAACAAACAAGAGCGGGACAAGGAGAACCGCCAUCGCCGGCGCACACCAUCCCGCAGUCGCAGCCGUGAGAGGAAGAGGAGGAGCCGUGAGAGGAAGAGCCGUGACCAGCGCAGUGACAGCAAGGACCGCAGGCAGAGGCGCAGCACACAGAAUCAAAACCAACCCCAAGAGAAUGCCGUGAGGUUGGAUGCUGGUGGUGGUGAUGCACUGCCCCUUUCUGUUCGUUCUUUCCCUUCCUCUCCUGCUGUCCUCGUUGCCCCCCCUUCCUCAUCCUCCUUUUGCAGCAGCCACUCUCCGCACCGUGAGAAGAAGAAGAAAGUCAGGAAGUACUGGGAUGUCCCACCUCCUGGGUUCGAGCACAUCACGCCCAUGCAGUACAAGGCCAUGCAGGCUGCUGGGCAGAUUCCAGCCACUGCGCUGCUGCCCACCAUGACCCCUGACGGCCUGGCAGUCACGCCCACCCCUGUGCCUGUGGUGGGCAGCCAGAUGACCCGGCAAGCCCGACGGCUCUACGUUGGCAACAUACCGUUUGGCAUCACUGAGGAAUCGAUGAUGGACUUCUUCAAUGCUCAGAUGCGCCUGGGCGGUCUGACUCAGGCUCCUGGAAACCCCAUCCUUGCCGUGCAGAUUAACCAGGACAAAAACUUUGCCUUCCUUGAGUUCCGCUCGGUUGAUGAGACCACCCAGGCCAUGGCCUUCGACGGGAUCAUCUUCCAGGGCCAGAGCCUGAAGAUCCGCCGUCCCCAUGACUACCAGCCCCUGCCUGGCAUGAGUGAAAACCCCAGCGUCUAUGUGCCGGGAGUGGUGUCUACAGUGGUGCCCGACUCUGCCCAUAAACUCUUCAUCGGGGGCCUGCCCAAUUACCUCAACGAUGACCAGGUGAAGGAGCUGCUGACCUCCUUCGGCCCUCUGAAAGCCUUUAACCUUGUGAAAGACAGCGCCACGGGCCUGUCCAAGGGCUACGCUUUCUGUGAAUAUGUGGACGUCAAUGUGAACGACCAGGCCAUCGCUGGGCUGAAUGGGAUGCAGCUGGGAGAUAAGAAGCUCUUGGUGCAGCGGGCCAGUGUGGGAUCCAAGAAUGCCACCUUGAUGAGCAUAAACCAGACCCCGGUGACGCUGCAGGUGCCGGGGCUGAUGAACAGCUCCAUGGUGCAGAUGGGAGGCCUGCCCACCGAGGUGCUCUGCCUCAUGAACAUGGUGGCCCCCGAGGAGCUGCUGGACGACGAGGAGUACGAGGAGAUCGUGGAGGACGUGCGCGACGAGUGCAGCAAGUACGGCCAGGUGAAGAGCAUCGAGAUCCCCCGGCCCGUCGACGGCCUGGAGGUCCCCGGCACUGGCAAGAUCUUUGUGGAGUUCAUGUCGGUCUUCGACUCCCAGAAGGCAAUGCAGGGGCUGACGGGCAGGAAGUUUGCUAACAGGGUUGUGGUCACCAAGUACUGCGACCCUGAUGCCUAUCACCGCCGAGAUUUCUGGUAGACAUGGAGG